AUGUCCGCUCUUCCUCAGCGACCGCCUACGCGGGGAUCCAAGCCUACCGCACCCGCUUACCAGCCCGUCUUUUGGCAAAUUGCCGAUCCGAGUCAACCCCGCAUUGAUCCAGCGCUCAUCCCUUCGCAAUCCUCUUACACGCCCUACCCUCAAUCCAUCGCCCCUUCCGCACCCGCUGUCCCUCCUCCGCCACCUGGACCCCGCCCAUCAUCAUCACGCCAAAGCGUCAGCGCCCCAGGCCCGUCCAAGAAGCGGCAACGGACCAUCCAGCCCGCCGCUCCCUCACCCGCAUCUAGCGAACGGUCCAAGCCGGACCCGCCUGCCCCCCCUGCCGUUCUCGUCAGGGAGAAGAAGCAGAAGGCGUGCGCAAAUUGCCGCCGCGCAAAGCUCAAAUGCAUCGUCGGAGAUGACCAGACGGACUGUAUACGGUGUAUGGCGAGAAAGGAGAAAUGCGUCUUUUAUCCGAGGAGUCUUGACGACGACUGGCAGCAGACGAUGACGCAAGAUGUCUAUGCGGCCAUGUCACACGUUUCAGACCUAUCCUCGGCUGUCCAUCACAUCAUCUACCACCUUUCGAAUCAAGGCAUCAUUCCCCCAUUCGUCACCGCUCGAGGCACCCCGCUCGACCUCUACGAGGCGCCCGAUCGGGACCUGCCAUCUCUGCAGGGAUGGAGUGGGGAGAAGAACAAGGAGAUGCCCGCGCCCAGCCGGAGACGGGGAACGAGAGCAGAAAGUACAGAGCCGACCGUACCGAAACCCCUCUCGCACCAGCCAUUCCGUCACCCUCCGUUCACCAUGGAGAACCCCUCCGACUCGUGGUACCCCGACGGCUCGAUGCUGCCCAGUCAGUAUCCCGCUUCUGGCGGUCAACUCACGCCUACGUCGGAAGGCCUGGCACGGUAUGAGAACGGCAUGCACUUCAACCCCAGCCCCGCCACCCAUACCACGCCCAACAGUCUCCCGCUCAUCUCCCCAGCUUUGCCGCCACAUCCGCCAUUAAUGCCACGGGUCGAGCCUUCUCCACAAGGCCAAUACACGGGCCUCCUGGUACCAGCCGAGUGCCGUCUGGGCGCGGACGAUCCCCGCAAAGACGUCAUCACGGAGGGUAUGGUCGCUGCAGAAGAUGCGGUCGUCCUGGUCAACUACUGCCACCAAAACCUCAGCCCCUCGCUAUUUGGCUACCAGCUCGAAUUUGGUCACUUUCCCUACCUACCCGGUGGACCCACCACCAUCACUCCCCUCAUCCUCGCCGUACACUGCCUGCUGGCCAGCGAGCGCAUGCCCGAGCUCUUCCACUACCACGCAUCGCUCGCAGAAGCGGUCAAGAAGCUCCUCAUGGAGUCACCUGCGGGAAGCUGGCGGAGUAUCGACAAUGUCCAAGAGGCGUUGGUCGAGGGGUCGCUCAUUCUGGGCGAGGACGAGAUUGAUCCAGAGCUGGGAAUCGGGCCGGAGGAGAUUGUCGCAGCGGCAAUGCUAUCGUUAUGGAUGAGCGACAAGGCGUUAGGGGCUGAAUUUGCCGCGACGGCGUUCCGGUAUGCCCGGGGCUGGAUCAAGAUACUCUCCGAUCCCGAGCCCCGAGCGACCGUCGCUGAACUAGCCGGGAUCGUCACCGAAGAGCGAGUCGCACGCCUAGAAGAAAGGGCGAGGGUAUGGCUUCUCUGCUACCUCGCGGAUGGCAUCGCCACGGCCAACGAACGACCGUUUGGCGAGGCGUCUCGCGAUCCCUCCGACUAUUGCGCUCAGCUCGUCCCGCUUGGACCACACCGUAUCGACAAGCGCGAUCUUGUCCUGACGUCGCACGCGCGACUCCUCCACAUCCUCCGUCAAUGGCAAGCUGGGAGCAUGGAAUGUCUCAUGUCCGAUUCGCCAGUCAAGGAGCUCCAGCGUCUGGCCUCGGCUACCGACCUCCAAAUUGACGAUCUGCGCCGCCUGGUCCAGACGCAUGUCCCGGAUGACUGGAUCAGCGUCAAGCAGCUGGAUCUGUUUGGGGCGUUCGUCAAAGUCACCAUCUACUCGUGUUUGAUUGGGCAGGAAGGAUUGGCGCGGCGGCAGAGGCCGACGUACGUGUCCAAGACGGUGGAUGUGGGAGUGGAGAUGCUGGAGAGGUGCACGAAUUGGGGAGAGGGGAGUAUUGCCAAUCUGCCUCAGCAAUACCUUACGAUGAUAUUCACGAUUGCUACUGCGGUCACCGAAUAUGUGUCGACAGCUGUGAAGACCAAUGCGCAGACGGGAUGCGCAGUGACUCCAGAAGAUGUGCUACCCCUACUUGCACAGGUGAUUGCGACUCUGGAAUCCGCGGGUCUGCCUCAAGGACAUAACAUCUGGGUAUGCGUGGACGCGUGUCAGCGGAUGGUCGGGCAACUGGAGGCGCUUUGUACAUAG